CGGAGCCCCGGAGCCCCACGCGCCCGCAGCCUGGCGGACAACUGUUGCGGCGGCGCGCGUGGGCAGCCCCGCGCCCCUGCAGGCGGCUCCAGCGGGCGCCAGCUCCCGGCUGCAUAGCGAGGAGCGACCGGCGCAGGCACGAGGCAGCGCCGGACGGGUCAAUGCCAGCCGGAUGAUGACCAGUUGUGGCCAGCGGUCCUGGAACUUGCUCGCAGUAUUCUCCCUGCUGUUUCCUGCAGUCCUGUCCGCACACUUCCGGGUCUGCGAGCCUUACACAGACCACAAAGGCCGCUACCACUUCGGGUUCCACUGUCCCCGGCUCUCAGACAACAAGACCUUCGUCCUUUGCUGUCACCAUAACAACACGGUUUUCAAAUACUGCUGCAACGAGACAGAGUUCCAGGCGGUCAUGCAGGCCAACCUCACGGCCGGCCCCGAGGGCUACAUGCACAACAACUACACAGCACUGCUUGGAGUGUGGAUCUACGGCUUCUUCGUGCUCACCCUCCUGGUCCUGGAUUUGCUCUAUUAUUCCGCCAUGAACUACGACAUUUGCAAGGUUUACCUGACUCGGUGGGGCAUCCACGGACGGUGGAUGAAACAGGACCCCCGGCGGUGGGGGAACCCUGCUCGAGCCCCUCGGCCUGGACAGCCAGCCCCACAGCCGCAGCCUCCCCCUGGUGUCCUGCAGCAAGCCCCUCAGGCUGUGCACACGCUGCGGGGAGACACACACAGCCCACCCCUGAUGGCCUUCCAAAGCUCAUCUGCCUGAAAACCCUUUUGCUGUGCCUCAGAAUGGAGGAGGCUAGACUCAGAGCACCUGGCAUAGCCUCCAAGAACAGCUUCAACCAAGACCCCAGGGAGAGCCGGGGCAGUGGUGUGGUAACAGAAGAGGAAGUACCACCUAUGCCCAGAACCCCCUUCUGAGAACUUCUGAGAUUAGGAGCAAACUCAGGGUCCGGGGACAGACAGGGUGCAGGAGUGGGUCUCUGAGCCACCUGUCUGCAAGCAAUAGUUCUCUUUGGGACUGGUGGCUUCUGAGAAGAGACUCGGUGUGGACUAAGAUGACCAACACCUAGCUGCCCUGGCUGACCCCAGCCAGAAGGAUCUGGGGCCAUGAGUUGUACCAUGGCCCAAACACUGACAUUUCCCCUGCCUCCACUCCCUCCAAUAGUGGCCCCCUUAGGCCUAUCCAUGUCAGAAUAUUGACUGUGUGUACGCACACAUGUGUGAUCAGGGUGUUCUUUCUAUAUGUUCAUUCAGCUAGUUUUUAAUCGAGCCCCAUUGCCACUGGCUGUAGGUUCUCAAUGGGAACAGGUUACCGUGUGGCUGAAGAGUCUUGCCUGUGUCCUUGUCUGAGGCUCAAGCCUCUUGCUGUGGCUGGUGGAGUGGGCAGGCACAGGGCCCAGCUUUCCUGGAGCAUACCAGUGAGGAUGGUUUCUGGUGGUAUCCAUUCCCACAGCAGCAGUAAUGAGGAAAUAUUUCAGCUGGCUUGGGGCAGCCUAGGUUGGAUGUGUUGUGUGCACCAUCACAGUUUCUGGGAGGUGGGCACGUAACACCCCGUUAACAGUGCAGCUUGGGAAAGGUGCCACCAUCAUAUGGUUAGGAAGUGGCCAGCUCCUAACCCAGGUCCCCUGGAAUGGUCAUUGGAGCAGGUGCCUGACAUUGUCACAGUGAGUGCAGCACCUCCCCAACCCAGGUCCUCCACCAUCACUGUCUGAGUCUCCCCCAUGAGCUCACACCUGUCACACGCCUGCCAUGCACCAGACCAGGCAGUGAUAAGGUCCAGGUCCAGGGGUGAGGAAUACCAGGCUCCGCCCUGGGAUGCUGCACCUUGAAGGGAGAAACCCAUAUAGAAAAGAUGAAGAUUCCUAAGGAAACCUAGAACAGAGGGUUCUAUGAAUCUGUCUACUUAACAUGAGGGUUUUACAAGUAAGCCAGGGUACCUGUAACAUCUGCCCACAGAGCUCAUCAUCCCCACCCCAAACCCACUGCCCCCAAAGAAAACAUACCCCGGCCCGUGAAGUGACCCUGUCAAUCUCCAGAGGCCACACUGACAAUAUAUACAUGACCAUCCCACCCCUAUGAACGAGGCCAAAGCGUCCUGCCCUCAACCCUUCGGCCCAUCCUCUUGAAUCUGCAUCCUCACUUGAUUAGCGACACCCCUACACGGGCUGGCCAGCUGCCUACCACACGCUGUGGGAGACAGUGCGCGAGGGGCAGCGGGGUAGGAAGAACCAGUGUGGAGGUGCCCUGGGGGGUCACAAAGGCACAUUGUGGAGGCUUGGGUGGUCAGGGAUAUUUGAGCCCCGGCCCAAACAACACACAAGGCCAACAAUAGGAUCUAGAAAAGAGGAGUCAAAGAGGAGGCCACGAGAGCCACAUGACUGUCAGGUUCCCAAACAAGCUAGGGUGGCCAGGACAAAGUGCAGCAGAGGUCAAGAGAUGGUUCCACAGAGGUCAAGAGAUGGUUCCACACGCCGAUGUCUGUGGUCACCAUAAUGGUGUACACACACACACACACACACACACACACACACACACACACACACACACAGUGUUUCUCCACUGAGUGCUGUGUGCUAGGACACAGAGCUCUUUCCACUCUGGCUGGCUCUUCAUCCUCUCCCCCCCCACAUGAGGGAGAGAUGUGGACCUGGAGGCUGUCACUCUGCUCGCUCUCUAUAGAGGCCGACUGGGUCAAAGGCCUCUGUCUCUGCACCCAGCCGGUUUUCCUCAGAUGCACUGCUGGGCCCUGCCCACAGCCUGGAAAGCCUAUGCUUGGAUCUUGAUUAAGGAAUGGCACGGACCCUCUCCCACAUGCUGAAGCAUCCUAGGAUGUGGAGCAGCCAUUGCCCUGGGGGGUUCUUAGCAGUGGACCAGCUUGAUCAGGCCACACGCGCAGCCCCUAGGCAGAGCCUCUACAGGAGAAGGGACCCAUCCCCAAUGCACAGAUCCUGAUGUCACUUCAGCAAAUAGAUCACAGGCAAGACCAGGGGCCCUCCUGCCUCAGUUUCCUCACUAGUGAGAGGAAGGAGUCAAACCAGACGUUGAGGGGACUUCCGGCUUUGGGUGAUUCUGAGUGACUCUUGCAGCUGCUUGCACAGGACUUAUGGCUGCUUCCUCUGUGAAGCUUCCUCCCUCAGACACAGGAGGCCAUGGCCAUGCAGACAGCAGGGUACUGAGUGGAGGUGGGGUUCUGUUAGGGAAUAGCUGAAGGCCCCCUGAAGAUUCUGGUUGAGGGUCUGCAUCUCUCAAACAUGUGUCUGAGGCUGAUUCUGAACACUCUCCAGGACACAGGAGUACCCCCGUCACCACAGGUCAGCACAAGCCUUGACUUUGCAGGCCCUGCUCCUUCCCAGCUGGGUGACACUGGCUUACCCCCCCCCAGUCUCUCCAAGCCCCCUUUCCUCACUUGGCAAACUGGGGUUAGAGGUCAGGCUCUUACCCCAUGCCGCCUCACAGAGCUACUGAAGACAAGAGCUGUGUCUGUGUAGAUGUGAACACUGGGGUGGGCUGCAAGACCCCAGGUGGCCAUGAUGAAAAUCUGUCCCCUGCCCGCGGUGUCUGUGGCUGGCAGAUGUGUCAAUUACUAGCAUGUCCUGAAAAAAAAAAACACAGAGUAGAGACAUGUUCCUGAAUAGUUAUUGAGCUGUCUCUGCCUCCUCCAACUGUCUGCGCUCCCCCCCCACCUUAUUUUCUGUGGCCUCAGACCACAGUACACUCCAGUAGCAACAAGUAGCCACAGGAAGCAGAGAAGGUGAUGACACUGUGUGCCCAUGAAGGGUCAAGGGACUUCCUUGUAUCUGUCUGACAUUUUCCCACUAGAAAUUGUAUGUCCUUAGUGAACAGUUUUAUACCCUGUCAUCUGUGUGAUCUGGGACCUCCAUUCAGAACUCCUCCCUGGCUGGCUGUAGUCACCAAGGAAAUGGCUUGUUCAUCAUGUGUGGGAGUGGUCAAGCAUCUGAUGGUGACUGUCACCAGUGUGCAACAGGCCUUAAUCCAAACAGGAGCACACACACACACACACACACACGUUCACACACAUUUACACAUGUGUAUACAUGCACCCACACACAUAACAUGUAUACAGAUAUGUGCACAUCCACGUGUGUACAUGUAUACUCAAACCUGUGAGUGUAAUUUACACACGUUUACAUGUUCAGUAAUAAACACCUGUGAACACACACACAUAUAUAUGGGCACAGGUAUAGACUCCUGUGUAUGCAUACACACCAUAUGCCACAUGUACAUGUUCACAUAUGUCCACAAAUACACUCACAUGUAUACAUAUGCACCUACAUGAGAACCAUACAUACAUGCACACACAUGAUUCUGAUCUGAUCCCUGGAAAGCUCCGAUACUGCAGACAGCAGUGGUGUGUGCAGCCAUGCUACCAGGGCAGAGUCACUUCCAAGAAACCCCAUCAGGCAACCCUAGCUCCAAAGUCGAAAGAAGAGACUUGGGGUACCAGACAGACAAGUCAGGGAUGCCAGUUGAGGUUGUCUUCAGCCAAGAGCUGGGUCUCAGUCAUCCUGUCUAGUGCCCCUCCCCAGGUCCUUGAAAACAGCAGGACGUGAUGUGGCUGUGCCUUGUGCUGACUGCCACCAGCCCCCACCCCUGUCCAUUGCUUACCAUUUCAGCCACUGUCCCCUUGACUGCUCCUCACGGCUGGUCCCCAACUCUGCAAGAGGUUGUGAGAGGAUCCAGAGCCUCGAGCUCCCAGACAUUUCUUGUCUCAAUUUCUCCAUCUGUCUGCUUGGUUCCCACUAACGGGACUUGCUUGGGAGGUAAACAUGAGAUUCCCCAGACAUUUGGGCACAGGUGACUAUCUGAGUGGCCUCCUGGGCAUUUCUUGUGUAUGUGAAGGGCAGGGAGCCAGCACACUGUUUUCCAGGGAGCUCUGGCAAACACAGUUCACCAUGUGUGUGCCAGUGUCUGCCUGGUCAGAGGACUGUGAGGCAAUGAUGUCACAGGGCAGAGGCGGUGUCCUGUACCCUCUAGAAAACGAGCCUUCGUGCCUGCUGUGUGUCGGGUGUCUCCAUGGCUCCCUAUCCCUUCUGUAGCCUCAACAAUGCGUCUGCAAUUCAUGGGCUGUGGUUCGAAAGAUUGGCCGAGGAGGCCGUCAACGCAGGGACACGUACCACUCACAGGCUGCGCAAAUCCUCAACUGUUCAACAGACGCUUGCUGAGCGCCCCUGCCUCCCUGCUUUGUGGCCAGCAUCCACCAGAAGCCCCUCCUGUGUAGACAGAUGUGCUAUGUCAGAGAACAGGCAGUGGCUCAGUGAGGGACUGGGGUCCACCACUGGAGACCUGACUCACCGUGCCUAACAGAAACACUCCCACCCUCAAAAUAAACACAGAACAUUGAUCCCUCCCUCCCACAAAGUGACCUUGGAGGUGGCAUUGCCUGUCCCACCCCACCCUGUUUCCACUUCAAAUUCCUGUCAGGUAGUCGGUGCUAGACCUGCUAGUGAGUGAGUGGAUUUAACCAUUAGUCACUCAGUGGUUAACACUCCUAUCCUUAUGUCAAAGCCCUGACCCGUUUACCCUUGACAAACUCAAACUACCCUCCAAAACAUACAGAGUCCCCUUGCAGUCAGUGUCAUCCUUACGCACGGGAUCAGUUGCCCGAGUCACAGGGCCACCACAGCCUCCCAUGUGGCCAUAGCUGGUACUUGACUAGAGUGAACUCUGAGGCUUGCCUCUCACACCCAGUCUCUUCCCAUUUCUCCCCAUGGUCCGUGUUCAAGCUAGGGGGAAAUGUCCCCAUCUAAUACCCACCGGGUGAGCAUACGGGCAACGUGCAAUAACCAGCAAAGCUGCAGGGUGAGAGCCCGGCCACCCUAGAGGGGCAAGGGACCUUCCUACAAAGGACUAGUUCCUCCCUGUGUCAGUGGGACGAAGCAGGGGCAGGGCUGGGGCAGGAAGGUAUCUCUAUGCUGGAAGCGCCAGGCUCACGUUGAGAGGGCAUGGGGGUCUCUCUCAGAUCCCAGACUGGGAAAACCAAAUAAAUAAAUAAAUAAAUAAAUAAAUAAAUAAAUAAAUAAAUGCUGAUAUCAGAUAAUCUUCCCCUCCUGAAUCUGAUGUAAUAAUGAUGUGUUUUACACUGGCGCUGUCUCCCUGUGUUUGUCUUUCUACAUAGUGGUUUUUAUAAUGAUGUCCUUAGUUUUAAUAAAGGAGAAGUCCAGUUAACUGUU